UACCGAUUUACUUUAGAUUUCAUAACAAUACACACGAAUUUAUAAGUACCUAAAGGCACCUAAUAUAUGCAGCUAUCAAAUUCUAUGUAUUCAAUCAUAAAUGAUGUACGAGCCGGAAGUAUGGCAGACUUGAGACAGGAUCUAAUCGUUUGAUGGAUAUAUAGGGGCAGUGCUAUCCCCCGCUCGUGUGACCCCUGUCAAGGUCGAACUGAAGCUGACAAUCCAACAGGUUCGCUUAAUGAAUAACAACCAACACUCGCCGAUAAUAAGAGUACCUAAAGCUAGCUAAUAUGAAAUCGUACUUUUGAAAUUCAUAUCAUUAUUGCCGAGUAAACGUGGGCCAUGGCCGAGAGUUAUCAAGCUUCAACUGCUCUAGCACCGCCCAGCGCCGAGGGAGGGUUUAUCUGCGAUAAGUGCAAGGCCAUAGAUUUCAGCAAAGCCUUGGCAGUACCGCCGGCCCACCUCCGCGAGGCCAUAGGUCGGAAGUGCGGUGUUCUGCUCGACACGGACGCUUCGCGGUAUGCGCGCUCGCUAAACCCCGGUUGUAGGCUUUGCCGCAUUCUGCGUUCUACGAUAUGUUGGUAUCACGGCGAGUGGUCGGACCCUGAUAUGCAGGCCGGACAGGACACUAUCGACAAAUUUGAGCUAUACGCGUUCGCUUCCUCGAGAAAUGUACCCUGGGGGUUUAGGAAACCGGGACCCGAUCAAGAUUGUCAUAUCCUCAUUACCCUUCCUGCUGGCUUCUUUGCUAGUUUCGGGGACCAUUCUAGGGAGUGCGGCAGGGGUGACGCGGGAUAUGUAUUCUGCUUUGCGGAACAUCCUAAGCCGGGCCUCUUUAGGCCCCAAGUAGUUCCCCGGCGAUUUGAUUAUCAACGGGCCCGUCUCUGGUUAGAAUUCUGCAGGGAACAUCAUGCGCAGCAAUGUUGUAGCAUGGUGGAGAUUGUGCCGAGAAUGGAGUUGAUUGAUUGUGAGACUUGGACUAUCGUGAAGGCGGAGGCGGGCAUGCGAUGGGUGGCCCUGAGCUACCUCUGGAGGCAGGAAGAGAGAGUAGAGGAGCCUCUAGAAGUCAGCCACGAAUCUCCGUCUUCACGUCUUCCCUCUUCCGUUCCUAACUCCGUUAAAGACGCUGCUACAGUAGUAAAGCAGCUCGGGUUGCGAUAUCUUUGGGUAGACCGCUAUUGUAUCGACCAAAGUAAUGCGGAAGAAAAAGCUUUUCACAUUUCGCAGAUGGAUGCGAUCUACCGUGGAGCAGAUCUAGUCAUCAUCACCGCGGCUGGCUCCGACGAACGCUACGGGUUGCCGGGAGUCGGAUCUACGCCUCGCCUACGACAAGAAAUUGUUCAACUUGAGUCCUCCACGAUCCUCACUACUGGCCCUGACCCCCGCUGGCACGUACAAGAGCACUCUCGUUGGUGGACAAGAGGAUGGACGUUUCAAGAAGGACUACUAGCUAAUCGACGCCUUGUGUUUACAGAGCACCAGGCGUAUUUUGAAUGCCAUUGUGCAACUUGGAUGGAAUCGGUAGGCGGUCUCGAAUUCAUCCCAAACCCGGAGAAUAUCAACUUAUCAAGUAUGAAAUCGGCGCGCAAACGCUUAUUCAAGUCCUUGGGGAAUACUAUCUCUUACAGACCGGAUAUUCCCCCAAGCGUUAGUGAGGAAGGCACCGAGAAGUCAAAUGGGGAUUACCUAGUCGCAAUUCGAAUUAGAGAAUGGUGCCACUUGGUUCAGCGGUAUACGGCACGCACACUAAGCCACGACUCGGAUUCGCUAAAUGCUUUUGCUGGAAUUGCACGGGUGCUAAGUAAACUUGAGCCUUCUACUCUCCACCUCGUCGGUCUCCCAUAUGUACUAUCAGCAGACGAUACCGAGCUCAUUGAUAAGUACUUCUUGAUAUCUUUCUGCUGGCAUCAUAAAGGAGAUAGUACUCCCAGGCGCAGACCGGAUUUCCCCUCGUGGACCUGGGCCGGGUGGGCGGCAUCUGUUGCGUGGAUGGGUGCUUGGAUACUGAAAAAUAGGGACGAAUGUUUUCCCAAGUGGCGUAAUGUGUGUAUCCAACACUCGACGGACCAGCCCUGUCCCGUUUCGGAGUACUUGGCGCAACACCGGUCGGCAGAUUAUGGUAUUGCACCACCCCUAUCCAUCUGCUUCGAAGCCAGGGUGGUUCCUUCGUCGCUUUUCCAGUUCAACGUCAGAGAGCCUGGUGACGGUCGGGUGGUUAGCUCGAGUAGAGGAAGCGAGGAAAAUGCGGGCGAUGCAGGGGAUGCAGGGGAUGACAGCGACGCCAAUAGUGAGGAUGAUGAUGAAAAUAAUGACGGCAAUGACAGUGAGGGUGAAUCUCAGCAUGAUGGUAACAAUAUCAACGACGAUAGAAAUGCCGGUGAAACCCAGAACGAUGACGAAGAUGACGACGAGGAUAACGAAGGUUCGAUAGAAAACGAUCCAGUUGUCGCCGAUCCGAACGACUGGGCCUUGUGGACUAUCGAUAGACACGGCGUGCCCGAUCGGAUAGCAAAGCCCACAAAUACGCCGAGGGAGUUUCUCGAUCGCUUAGAUGAUGGUACCUGGACGUGUCUCCUAAUCGGAGAUUUCUGGGGGAAUAACGAUUUCACGCACGAGAGGUUUCUCUUGGUCGUAAAGUGGUUGGAUGAGAACACAGCGACCCGGGUUGGCGCCCUUGUACUCGAACAGCAUCCUUAUUUAGAUGCUGCCUAUCCCGAUUUAUUCGACGAGAGCGGUCUAGAUUGGAGAAGUGUUCGGUUGGUUUAACGAUGUUGGUUUAA